CCUCCUGCUGCUGGACUACGAUGGGUCGGUGCUGCCCUUUCUCGGGGGCCUGGGCGGGGGCUACCAGAAGACCCUCGUGCUGCUCACCUGGAUCCCGGCGCUGUUCAUCGGCUUCAGCCAGUUCUCGGACUCGUUCCUCUUGGACCAGCCCCACUUCUGGUGCCGCGGGGCCGGCAAGGGCGCUGAGCCGGCCGGGGUCACCGUCGCCGGCCGCUGGGGCGACGCGGGCAACUGGACCGGCUCUCCGACCUCCCCCUUCGCCGCCGCCCCCUGGGAGGCUGCGGGCAACCGGAGCAACAGCAACGGCACGGACGGAGGCGACACGCCACCCCUGCCAUCCCCUCCGGACAAGGGGGACAACGCCUCCAAUUGUGACUGCCACGCGUGGGACUACGGCAUCCGCACCGGCCUCGUCCAGAACGUGGUCAGCAAGUGGGAUCUUGUGUGUGAUAAUGCCUGGAAGGUCCAUAUCGCUAAGUUCUCCUUACUGGUUGGAUUAAUCUUUGGCUACCUAAUAACUGGAUGCAUUGCUGACUGGGUUGGCCGGCGGCCUGUGCUGUUAUUUUCCAUCAUCUUCAUUCUGAUCUUUGGACUGACUGUGGCACUGUCAGUGAAUGUGACAAUGUUCAGCACACUCAGGUUCUUUGAAGGAUUUUGCCUGGCUGGAAUAAUUCUCACUUUGUAUGCAUUACGAAUAGAGCUGUGCCCGCCUGGAAAACGGUUCAUGAUCACGAUGGUGGCUAGCUUUGUGGCCAUGGCAGGGCAGUUCCUCAUGCCCGGGCUGGCCGCCCUGUGCCGGGACUGGCAGGUUCUGCAGGCCCUCAUCAUCUGCCCCUUUCUGCUCAUGCUGCUCUACUGGUCGAUAUUCCCCGAGUCCCUCCGGUGGCUGAUGGCUACCCAGCAGUUUGAGUCUGCUAAGAGGCUGAUCCUGCACUUCACACAGAAGAACUGCAUGAGCCCUGAGAGUGACAUCAAGGGGGUGAUGCCGGAGCUGGAGAAAGAGCUUUCCCGGAGGCCCAAGAAGGUCUGCAUCGUGAAGGUGGUGGGGACCCGCAACCUGUGGAAGAACAUCGUGGUCCUGUGUGUCAACUCGCUGACAGGGUACGGGAUCCACCACUGCUUCGCACGGAGCAUGAUGGGCCAUGAGGUGAAGGUGCCGCUCCUGGAAAACUUCUAUGCUGACUACUACACCAUGGCCAGCAUCGCGCUAGUGUCCUGCUUGGCCAUGUGCGUGGUGGUCAGGUUCCUCGGGCGCAGGGGAGGGCUGCUGCUCUUCAUGAUCCUCACUGCCCUGGCCUCGCUCCUGCAGCUUGGGCUCCUCAACUUGAUUGGAAAAUACAGCCAGCAUCCAGACUCAGGGAUGAGUGACAGCGUCAAAGACAAAUUCUCCAUCGCGUUUUCCAUCGUGGGCAUGUUUGCCUCUCAUGCAGUGGGCAGCCUCAGCGUGUUUUUCUGUGCAGAGAUCACCCCCACGGUGAUAAGGUGCGGCGGGCUGGGGCUGGUGCUGGCCAGCGCGGGCUUUGGCAUGCUGACGGCGCCCAUCAUUGAGCUGCACAACCAGAAAGGCUACUUCCUGCACCACAUCAUCUUCGCCUGCUGCACGCUCAUCUGCAUCAUCUGCAUCCUGCUGCUGCCUGAGAGCCGGGACCAGAACCUGCCCGAGAACCUCUCCAACGGCGAGCACUACACGCGCCAGCCGCUGCUGCCGCACCGCAAGGGGGAGCAGCCGCUGCUGCUGACCACCAGCGAGCUCAAAGACUACUCGGGGCUACACGAUGCGGCAGCAGGCGACGCGCUGCCCGAGGGCGCCACGGCCAACGGCAUGAAGGCCAUGUAAGAGCUUCCGUUCCAUGUGUUGGGGGAAAGCAGCUCAAAGACACCAUUAAAACCAGCUUAGUCUUUUCUUGGGAUCAUCCCUGUGUACUUGACGCUGGAGGCUGCUUGGGGAAAGCAGAAACAUCUCAGCAGAAAUCGUCAAGGAGCGGCAGUGAACCUAGCGACGGCAUUCUGUUGCCAGGUUCGCUUUGUUAAGUUCACAACCCACAAGCCGUGGAGGCCUGAGGUGUGCUCGUUCUUACUGAUGCUCUUUCCCUGCUGUGGCUCCAGCAGAAUUCCCCUCUUGCACAGUCAGCUUUGUUGCCAGCACUACUUGAAAACAUGGCUGCUCUCUGAACUACAAAUAGGAAAACAACUCAAAAGGACGACUGAGGCUAAGCCCCAGGAAGGAGGCUGCUCCUCCACGCGCAGUCGGCCACCCGCAUCUCAAGCACACACCACACCACGGAGAUCACCAGCUUGGACGGCUGUCGCUCACUGAUGUCAUGCCAGGAAGCACUGCAGGAGCUGGUCCCCUCACGCCUUCCUCUGUCCGCCUCCUGCCACUUGUCACUCAUUCCGCAGAGAGGUGGGACUCAGGACCAGGAGUGGAGGUUCCUCACAGGUGAGUCCAAAUGACCUCCAACCUCUCAAAAGCAUCAAGACAAACUGAGAGAAAGCAAUAACUCACCAAAGUUCAGUUCCCGCUCCCACCCCGAUCUCCAAGGGAUUUCAUCGUGUUCUUGUUUUGCCUCAGACAGUGAAGGUUUCCUCUUGGUGUUUUCCGAGGAAACCCGUGAAAUACCCAGGGCCACUAAGGAACAAGCCUCCUUGGCGCAGGCAGGUGCUGCUUCGUAGCAACUUGGGCACCAGCUUUUCUGGACAGCCUGGCUUCUUACUCGAGUUGUCUGCCGUCCCUCUCCAUGAAGCGCAUCUUUGCCUUGGGCUGUGUCCUUCCAGAAAUGUCAUGGUCUUAGGCCUGGUUGAGGUGAUCAGGUCACUUCCAGCUGACAGUGGCUAAAAUUCAAAGGACCAGAAAAGGGGUUGACCUUCUGCCCUUCCAGGUUUCUACCCACUCUGCUUCUUGCUGUCUCCACUGGCCUGUCCUCCACAUCUGGUCCUUACAGUGGUAGGAGACUGCUGACUGGUAAAGACACAGCGAGAAGCAAACAGAAUUGUAGCCAUGUGUUUCCAGUGGCUGAGCCAUACCAGUACCCGGGGUCCCAGGAGGCCCAUAAAGGCCCUGCAGUCUCAAAAGGGAUGCUCUCUGGCCAGUCUCUUCCCACCUCCAACUGCUCCAAGUUCAACUCAUCCUUACCUUCCCAGGUCUCUUUUUGAAGCCACUUUGUUCCACAUUUCAAUGUUAGUUUGCAUUCAUCUUUACAAAGGCCUUUCUCAAGAUCCAUGCAGCCUUCGCGUGCCAAACUUGUGAAAUCUCUUUUUUUACUUUUUUUAGAGUACUGGCUACCAAAUCACCUGGCAGCAGACCCCAUUAUGUACGGGAUGGGACCUAUCCAGUGGCCAGGCCAGUAGGCGGUUAGUGCAAGUGAGGAGGAGCCAGCAAGGUCCCUGGACCUGACCCUGGACAGGUGUUCAUCCACACCCAUCACCCCAGCAUGAGGACAUCGCAACCCACUUGCUGUACCAUAGGGUUGCUAAGUAAAGGAAGUGGUGAGCAGUCUCUCACGGGCCAUGUAAGCCUUUCUGAAGAAAUGCAUCAAAACUAUAGGAAAUCUCUCCAUUCAGCACUCAUAAAUUUACAGUCCAUGAGCUCUACCUUGAGGACUAAUUCAUCAGUGACUAGAAGAGAAGCCACCAUUGAGGUCUGGGCGCUUGGGAGCAGAGUCUAACAGGUGUGAGCCAGGCUGCCCUGCCAACGGUCAGCCAGAAAGAGGCCCAGAGCCCUCCUCUCAGAUGGACUCAGUACAGGGCUCUUGUUAUGUUGCUGCUUCAGCUUAAGGAUACCUGAAGCUCCUGAGGAACACUGUAUGAAAUGUAGCCAAAGCAGAAAAGCUUCCUGUGGGCAGAGCCUGUGAAAUCUGGUGCCGAGUGAGCAGGGCAUGCCCAGGCCUGACACGGGAGGCUCUGCGGCACUACCUGUCGUGCCCUUCAGCCUUGUCUUCUUCACGGUUGGGAGACUCCUUGGGCACCUGCUUUUUCAGUUCAGCCCUCCCACCCCAGGGAAAACAUUGGAAGCCAUGAGCUCCCUGCUACUAUUCCCUACCCACCCCUGUGUCCUUCUAGCCUAACCUGUCUGGGAUGCCCUUUCAAGAAAGUCAGGCACCAGAGUGAACACCUGAGACAGAGCUGGGUAUUUCUUCAUUUUAUUUUCCAGAAGUCACUGAUUCUUAUCAACUACCUAAUUAUUAGCGCCUAAGACAAGGAGAAAAAAGUUUUCAAUGUUUUUGUUUUCUAAGAAUAUCAUCCCUUGCAAGUAGAGGACACAGGCUGGUAAAUUGGUUUGGCCCCCGAAAAGAAAGCAAGCAGAAACAAGCCUCGUGAGGGAAGCAUUGCCCUCAGACACUCCCACUUCCUAGAGUCACCCGAGCAACCUGAACUGGAGGUGCCACAAGCGAACCUGUGACGUCAUAUCACCCAGCCCCCAGGUGGUGCCGUGUGGGGAAGGCCACACGUCCACUGUCCUGUCUCAAGACACCACCUCACUUCCAUGUACUGUGUGUUGUGUCUCAUGAGGAGCACUUCCCUCCCUCUGUCCUUUCUGCAACCCAGCCGUUUGAGGUUUUGCCAUGAGAACCGUGUUAUUGUACGUGUCGCGGGGAUUCUUCUGACGGUGCUCGUUCAUAGCACAAGCUACAUUGAGUUCUGAGCUGUCCUUCACAGCUGCGUGUCUGCAUGGUGUCGCAUCUGUUGUACCUUUGGGGAAAAUUUGUAUGUAAAUGUACAGAAAUAAAACGUUGCCCCAUUAACAGAUUUCCUCUGGAAUGUCUUCCCUACCUCACCUGAUGGUAUCCAACGAAGGGCAUUUCACUACCAUUGAUGAGAGUAAUAAAAUUCCUCCAUGUUUAUUCAGACCUCGCUGCAUCAAUACUUUUCUCUGUAAACCGUGUCUCCACCUGCCUUGAGGGGGGUGGUGGGUUGCCUCCCGCUCUGCUUUCAGAGUCCUAGUCGUAACAGGUAGUCAGCAGCAGAGACUGGAUUAAACAAAUUGUUUAUCUAGUGCCAUUCUCAGACCACCUGAGACAUGGGGGUCAUCAGUAAAACUAAGAGGAAUUUUUUCUCUUGUUGAUUUAUGUUUUGAUCCAUGGUCUGGAGGUUCCUAGAGAAGUCAAGAGAUGAGUAUCUUACACUGUGAUUCUGUGAGGAAAGACUGAUAACCCAAAACUCUCUUCUCUAAUGUAGUAUUUUUUAACCAAAAAGAUAAUAUUUCUUUAAUAAAGUAUUUAUACCAAA